UUUGUAAAUGUUUGUUUGGUCUAUUUUCUCUCUAAUAACAGCUUGUAUAUUAAAUAUAAAUCUUUUCCCCUUGUUAUCUGAAGGGGUUAAAAUUUAAAUGGAGAAUUACCAAGCUUUCAACAUAGCUUUAGGUUGUUUUUCUAUUUGUUUCUUUAUUUUCUUUGGAAGCCUAAAGCCUUUUUAGAUGAUGAUGAUUCGUACUGCGCAUUUAAAGAAACGUCAAUGAUUGGUGUUUAAAUAAACUUGGUUAAGAAGUAAUGUUCAAUUUAGGAAGUUACCGCUAAGGAUGGAGGGCCGUCAUCGUUUAUUUGUGGACACUUUCUAUGUUUUUUUUUGUUUUUAAAAUUAUUAUUUUAGCUCUAAAUUAUUCUCGUUCUUUAGUUUUAUAUAGGAUAAAAAUAGGUAUGAAGAAGUUUGAGUGAUAACAUAUUUUUGAUAUAUUUAUUUUCAUCGAUUACUUAAAUUUUAAAAAAAUUAUAGAUUAAUUUCUUUGUUCAUGAAGGUCAUUGAUUUUAUAUCUAUUACUUUCUAUUCAUCCUCUUUAGUGAACCCAAAAAAAACAACCGAGACUAUUAUAUAGUCUAUUUUUAUGGAAUUAUAUUGAUUUAAAGUUGGUAAUAUACGCAUACACAUAUACUCUUGAUUGGUACAGAAAAGUAAUAAGAAAGCUUUAGAUAGCAUAUACUCUCUCUAUUUCAAAAUACAUGAAGUUUUAAAAUUGUGCACAACUAUUAAGAAAUUUAUCUUUCAUCUUAAAAAUAUCAUUUAAAUAUAAAUUAAACCAAUCAUAAAACAGACUACAAAUUAUCAUUGGUUACACGGUUUUUGAUAAAGUAAAAAUGUGCAUUGAUAUAUAAAAAUAUAAUCUAUUUUAAAACAUCAAAAACUCCCUAAAACAUCAUCUAUUUUAAAACGAAGGGAGUAUAAUAUUUUUUACUUCAAAUAAACACUUAUUUUAUAAUUGUUAGAUUUGCAUACAAUGAUAAUAGAUUUAAUUUAAUUUAAUUUGUAGUUUUUUUGCUACGAAUUUAAUUUUAAUUUAAUUUAGUUUAGAGUUCUUAAUCAUGUUGCUAACAUAUUUCUUAAUAAAACAAUUUUGAUAACAUUAGAAGAAAAGAACUUCGUGAGACUUAGAUUCGUUUUCACAGACAACUAUAGCUUUCAAAUGUUCCAAAGUUCCUCGGUUCAAUCAAUGGUAAGCCUUUGCUUCCUUCUUGUAAGAAGCAAACUAAGAAAGAGUCAGUUUUCUAUCCUUAGCAAAACAAUAUGACCGAAUUUUCUAUGCGUGUCUAUAAAUGGAAAACACUUAUUUCUCAAUCCUUAAACAAAAUUUAGAAACAAACAUAUAUUAUGCUUGAUGAUUACUUCCCUCCCAAUCACUUUUUUAUUCCUUUGGUUUUUGGUUUCAUAUCAUAUGCAUAUAAUCUUUGUUGAAAGAAUACCGGAUAAUUAUUAUUUAUACACUCCUUAUGUGUAUACACUGUAUUGUAUGUCUUUUUGACUAGAAAUGGCCGUGAAAUGUACAAAUAGGGUACAUUAUGCAUAAAAAGGGCAGCUUCUUUGUUGUUUUUAAUUUAUGUAUCUUAAGAUAAGGAAAAAAAAAUCAAAGGCUAUGGAAAGUUCUGUUGGAGAGUAUAUGUAGCUCUUCUUUGUUCAUGCAAAAGAUAAAUUAAACAGCCUUCUUUUCUUUAUUGGUUUUGUUUUUCCUUUUCUUACAUAAAUAUGAUGAGAAGAAAAUGCUAAGAAACUUAAAAGAAAAUGAUUAUUGCAGUAGUGUAUUAUUGUACACAUGAUAAUUUUCGGCAAACUCAAUUCUUCAAACGCUCUAGUUAAAUGGUAAAAAAAAUCUGACUAAUAAAUAAGCAAAAUAAAUUUAAAUUCAGAGGUUAAAGACGAAAAUCCAUUGUGGAAUCGAACACCUUGAAUUUCAAGAGUUGUACAUUUGAACAAAAGAAAGAAAAGCCGACUUUACCCGUAUAUAUGCCAUAAGAUGAAACAGUUUAUUUCCACUAAUUUGAAAGGAAACUGUGUCUUCGAUUUUCUUUCAGAUCUUUCAUUGAUUGUUUUUGUUUUUUAUUGUAUGAAAUUAAACAAUUUCAGAUAAUAAAAACAAUUGUUUAAUUGAUUAGAAAAAAAAUAUGGUCUCUUGGCUUGAUGUCUACAAUGUUUUUUCAGCAACUGUUCCUCUCUAUGUUUCAAUGAUCUUAGGUUACCUCUCUACGAAACAUCUUAAUCUCUUUUCACUGGAACAAUGCGUAGGCAUCAACAAAUUCAUCGCUAAAUUUUCAAUCCCUUUGCUUUCUUUCCAAGUAAUCUCCCAAAACAAUCCUUUUACAAUGAGCCUUAGACUCAUUCUCUCAGACAUUCUCCAGAAAAUUUUAGCCGCCGUUGUAUUUGCUGUAGUUAUAAGAUUCUGGCAUCCAACAGGAGGAGGAGGAAAAUUGGGUUGGAUCAUAACUGGAUUAUCUGUAACCGUGUUUCCAAACACUCUCAUUAUUGGAAUCCCUAUCUUAAGUGCCAUCGAUGGAGAUGCAGCAAAAAACAUCUUGGUGCAGAUUGUUGUGUUGCAGUGCUUGAUUUGGUCCAACAUCUUGCUCUUCUUAUUCGAGAUUAAUGCCACGUGGGACUUACAAUCUUCCGGAGCUUCCAUAGAACAUAGAGUCAAUGACAAUGAAGAAACUGAUAUAGAUCAAGAGCCAAUAGAAGAAGAAGCAAUAGUGAGAACAAGAUCUUCUGGAACUGGGAAGAUAAUACUGAAGGCUUGGAGAAAGUUCAUAGUUAAUCCUAAUACAUACGCAGCAAUGAUUGGAUUAAUCUGGGCUACUUUACAUUUCAGGUUGGGGUGGAAAUUGCCUGAGAUGAUUGACAAAUCGAUACAUUUGAUAUCUGAUGGAGGCUUAGGAAUGGCCAUGUUCAGCUUAGGUCUUUUCAUGGCAUCACAAAGUAGUAUCAUAGCAUGUGGAACAAAAAUGUCGAUUAUAACAAUGAUUCUCAAGUUUAUAUUAGGACCUGCUCUUAUGAUUGCUUCUGCAUUUUGUAUCAGAUUACGAGGUACUCUUUUCAGAGUCACAAUAUUACAGGCUACAUUGCCACAAGGGAUCGUGCCAUUUGUUUUUGCAAAAGAGUAUAAUGUUAAUCCAGAGAUCGUUAGUACGGGGGUGAUAUUUGGAAUGCUAGUUUUCGUACCAAUAACUUUGGCAUAUUAUUUUGUACUGGACCUAUGAAUAUGACAUGCAUGUUAAUAAUUAUUAAUUAGAACUUUUAUUUUGGUAGAUAUAUUCAAGUUACAUCACAUUUUAGUCAUGGGAUUUUUGAGAUGUUGAUUGAUAAAAGCUAAUGUCAAACCAAUACUCUCAUUUUUACAUAAUUUCAAUAAUUUACUCCUGACAUUAAAUUUAAAUUCGGGAAGUAAUCUUCUUAGGCUAAUACAUAUAUGUUUUAUUGAACCAAAUCUAAGAACAUCAUCUAAAUAAAAAUCAAAAGGCCAGAGAUAAAUAUGUAGAAUAACAUCUAAACAAGAAUUCAAUAACACUUCAGAUGGUGGUCUAACUCUAAAGUUGAUACAUGUUAAAUCUAAAUAAAUAUAUAGAUCAAAAAUUAUUUAUAUUAAAAAACUUUGGGGAGCAAGGAAAUAGAGACGGCGCCUGCGUCCCACGCAAAUUGAAAAUGGAAAAGGCCAAUUAAAAUAAAAAAAAAAGGGAAAAAGAAAAUGCCUUGGUGAGUGGGGAAUAAAUAAAUCUAACGGUUGUCAAAGAAGAGAAAAAGACUCAAAGUAAUAUCGAUCCAACGGCUGAAGAUAUUUUGCUUGAGUAAGGAGGAG